UUGGUGACGUUUCUGACAAAUGUCAAACAAUAUUCUAACCUAAAAAUGUCAGAUGAUGCAGUUUUUGAAUUUUUACAUUCUGAAGUAAUUAAUUACUUCGUGAGCCGAAAUGAAGAUCAAAAUACAGAGGGAAAGGAUGAAGAUUUGUCCACAAUUGAGUACAUGGGGUUUUCUACUGGGUACAGGAUAAUAGAAAGGUUGACGAAAGAAAUGCCACGUUUUAAAGACGAACUAGACACAAUGAAAUUCAUUUGUACUGAUUUCUGGUCAGCGAUUUAUAAGAAACAAAUUGAUAAUUUAAGGACAAACCAUCAAGGUGUUUACGUGUUGCAAGAUAACAGUUUUCGAUUUCUCACAAAGUUAUCAAAUGGAAAACAAUAUUUAGAAGUAGCUCCCAGAUUUGCUGCAUUUACUUGUGGGGUUAUCAGAGGCAGUCUUGCAAAUUUAGGAAUUGCAAGUCUUGUUACUUCUGAAGUAUUAAACAUGCCGUCGUGUAAAUUCCACAUACAGGUUCAAAGGACAUAAAAAAGUUUAUUAAAAUGGAAUUCUUUUAUUUUUUAUUUGGGUGUAUUCGAAGAAAUGUAAUGUAAGAGAUCAACUGCUGUAAUAAUUCCAACGGGUUUUUCAAUUGUUGAUUGUCCAGUAUCUGAAAAUAUAUUUAUCAGUAAAUUACAUUUAAAAUUAAUAUAAACAA